UGCAACAACUAAUAUACUUCGUAUAUAAACAACGAUACGAAAGAAUUUUUAGUUGAGAAUGCAAAUAUGCAAGGAUUGGUAUUUGGGUUGCUCACUUGGCAAUACCUCGUGCCUGUAUUAAGGACAAUCUUCGCGUCGUUUCCUGAUUCUCAGCGCUGAAGAGGUUGUUUUCUUCCUCCGCAGCACCCAACACUCCAGCAGGUUAUAAAAACGAACGAGCCAUUUCCAGAAUCCAUAACGCCGGCAUUUUAUAGUGAAAAAUGAAUAAAUAAAUAAAAAGAGAACCACCCUGACUCAGCGUUGAGAAACGCUGUCGUUUAACCCCUAGUACAUUUAGCACAACGUAGGGGUUCAGGUGAGUGGUCAUCACCAUUAGAACCCAUUGCUGAUAAAGAAAAGUUACAGUCUUUAUGUACGCAGAAAAAGAAAAGCUACGGUCUUUACUCUUGACGCCGUUGCUAAUAGUACAAUUUUAAAACUAAAAGUUAGUGAUGGCAAUGGCGAUUUCAGCGGGUGGUGCUUGUCUUCAGUGGAAGAAUUCCAGCUCUCAUUCUUCAGGUAAAGGCUGCAAAUACACUGGUCAAUCCGUGAGAGCACUGCCUAUUCGAAUCCUAACGGUAGGAAAAAAGAGGUCUCCUGGUGUGCAAUUCCUGGUGGAUGAAUAUAUCGCAAAGCUCAAAUGUUAUUGUCAUGUUGAAGAUGUUCAAAUUCGCUCCAAUCCUAAAAAUGCGCGCAAUGCGAGGGCUCAGGUUGAUGAUGAAGACACGGCUGUUGUCAACCUUAUCAGGUCCGAUGAUUGGGUGGUGAUGUUGGAUGAGCAUGGACUAGAUAUUGGGUCUGAACAGAUGGCCGAAUUGUUAGGAGAUGCUGGGAAUACGGGAGCUUUAAGGUUAUCGUUUUGCAUUGGUGGACCUUAUGGUCAUGGACAACAAAUUCGAGAACGUGCAAACAUAUCAAUCAAGUUGUCUUCGAUGGUAUUGAAUCAUCAAAUUGCACUAGUUGUGCUCCUGGAACAACUUUAUAGGUCAUGGACUAUUCUGAAAGGACAAAAGUAUCAUCAUUAGCCAUCUUCAUGUUGUGAAUCAUGGCACUGAGAUUGAAGUUUUUGUGAAAACCUGCAUUCCUGUUCCUGUGUUGGCACUUGCAGCAAAUGGACUAGAUUGGACUUAUCUUUGUAUGCUGCAGACUGACAUACCAAUUUUGGAGAGGCAUAGACAAAGUUUGGAGCUUGUUGAAGCCCUCACCAUGUAACUGAUGCCUUUAUUGUAUCAUCUACUUACGGCUUAGAGAUAUCUUGCAUCACUGAACCAUACAAAAUUGUAGGUGUGAAAAACUUUUCCUUCAUGUUCAAGGCAAUCUAAUUGUUGAGUAAACUAUGAACAAACAAGAAAGAAAAAUUGUUGGUUGAAUGGAGUGAAUCUUACCAAGAAAAAUUGCAUUG